UGCUCGCUCCUCAGGUAAACUCGAGCGUAGUAGACUUGUUCGACCAUGGCCACCUCCUGGAGAAGCUGCCUCACACUUUGUUUCCUCUUCUUGCUUGCUUCGGCUUCCAUGGCGCAGCUGUCGCCUUCGUUUUACAGCCUGACAUGUCCAACUCUGCGGGUCGUCGUGCUUCUGAGAAUGACGCAGGCCGUCCUUCAGGAGCCGAGGAUGGGCGCAUCCAUUCUUCGGCUCUUCUUCCAUGACUGCUUCGUAAAUGGCUGCGACGCAUCGGUCCUACUGGAUGACACGGCGACGUUCACCGGUGAGAAGAACGCAGGUCCAAACGCUAACUCCCUGCGUGGCUUCGAUGUGAUCGACGACAUAAAGUCCGCCGUCGAGCUGGUGUGUCCCGGCACGGUCUCGUGUGCUGACAUCCUCGCGCUUGCCGCUCGUGAUGGCGUUGUGCUGCUUGGUGGCCCAUCUUGGACAGUGCCACUGGGACGCAGGGACGCCACCACAGCCAGCCAAAGCGCGGCUAACAGCAACCUCCCGAGCCCCGCCUCCAGUCUAUCCCAGCUCAUCUCCGCCUUCUCCGCCCAGGGGUUGAGCGCCCGCGACAUGACCGCGCUCUCCGGCGCCCACACCAUCGGCCAGGCCCGCUGCGUCAACUUCCGCUCCCACAUCUACGACGACACCAACAUCGACGCCGACUUCGCGUCGCAGCGCCAACAGAACUGCCCGUCCUCCGGCGGCGACAACAGCCUAGCUCCGCUCGACCUCCAGACGGCCACCGAGUUCGACAACGCGUACUACCAGAACCUGGUGGGUUUCCAGGGCCUCCUCCACUCGGACCAGGAGCUCUUCAACAACGGGUCGCAGGACUCGCUGGUGCAGCAGUACAGCACAGACGGUUCCACCUUUUUUAGCGACUUUGCAGCGGCCAUGGUGAAGAUGGGAAACAUCAAACCUCUCACGGGAUCCAACGGGGAGAUUAGGUUGGAUUGCAGGAAGGUGAACUGACACGCUCAGCCGAUUGCAAAGGCCAAGAAAACAAGCGGAAAUAUCUUGGAAAAUACUUUAGAUUUCUAUCCUCAAUAGUGACGUCAAAUCCGAAUGUAUUUUUUAUUGAGGUCAA